AUGAGGGUGCACUCUACGGGUCCGGGGACUGCGACUUCCCACAAACGGGUGCAUCGGCUGAGCAGCCGGAUCGCCGGAGGGCACGUUGGUUCCGCCGAUCGUCACGGCCGGGCGCCCGCCAGCGGACCGCCCGCGCUGCCGUCUUCUGCCACGUGGGUGGAACGAUGGUGGAGCGAGUGCUUCGUUUGUCGGGGGCCGGGCGCGGUGCCGGUCGGUCGGAAUGAGGGUGCACUCUACGGAUCCGGGGACCGCAUGGGCUUGCAUCGGUCAUCGGCGAUGCGCUUCGCCUACGGGUAA